AUGUCAGAAUUCAAUCACAAUAGCGAAGACAAACCUGUCGUGCAUCCUCGUCCCAUACGCAGAACCAAACCCACGGCUGCCCUCCUCCAACACUUCGAGAAGGCCGCCCUUCCAUCUCAAACCAAAGCCAUCAACGAAUUCCAUGCUACCGAGGCAGCCAAGCGUGCUUGGAGGUUUCUGCCCAACCCAAGCCCGUGCCUCCCCCACCCUCAGCUAUUCCCUCGUCAAACAAGCGCAUGCAUCCUGAUGAUGCCUUCAAAGACGAUUCUCGGCGACGACCGCGAGAACGCUCUUCCAAAAGCCGCAGCCUGGUUGGGCCCAAGCCCUGACUUUGGGCCGGCUUGGGCUCACGGCCUAGGCUCAGAAUUUCGUGAGCCUGAGCCCCUCGAAGCCAAGCCCAAGCUGGGCUGGAACAUCGCUAGUCAGACUAGACUGAAUCUCGGAUCGGGACAGUCUCUCGAGGCUCGGAGUAAGGUUAUAGCAAGGGACAUCUACGGUAAUUGUAAGUGUAUCAGAGGUCGAACAUGGCCUGGUCGGCGCCAAGCCUGCGUGCCCCAGGGCCUCACGAUAACAAAAUGCAAUUGUCUGCACCGUUACAGCGCCACUCCGCGUGAAGAACGCCAUACAUAG